AUGCACAGCCAUAUCUCUCAACCCCUUGGUCGAUGGGGUUGGCGGUCCGGCCGAGGCGGCGGGGGCCGCUGGACGAGGCGGAUUCAGGUACUUGGCCCAUUUCUUCCAGAUGCCCUUGUACACGUGCUUCUCAAUGGCUCUGGGUUCCACUUCCACAGCACAUAUGUUGUACAUCGGGACCGCAUCACCUGGGCGAAUGAAACCUUCUCCCACCUUGAUCUGACUAGCCAUGGUCCAUCGAAGUUGACAGCGGCCAAGGAUGGCGUUCAGAACAGUCUUGGUGGUGUGGCCACCAUCCAACAUGUCUUUGGCGUCCAGGGAUGCGAAGGCCUUUGGGUCGAAGAUGAACAUUGGCCAUCCCUGGUACUUGGUGAAAGUGAGUACUUGGAAUCGUGGGCGUCGAAAGAGGGCGUUACUGAUGAAGGAUUAGCCACCGUCUAUGCUAAAGACAACGACGCCAGCGUUGCUUUGAAGGAUGAUGCGAACCCGAAUUCCCAGUUGGGCGAGGACUUUGACUCCUCUGAGGCCGAAGGUUAG